AUGUUUAGUACACACCCAAUGCCUCCAUGGGCGGCCUUUGCGCCGCGUUCAAUGAGUUUGCUGAAACGAUCAGCAAUUGAACAACGACUAUCGCGAGCAUGUCUCUGUCGCCAUGUCACCCAACCACGCCUCUCCCAUCCCCACCUGCGCUCCGCAUCCACACAGGUUGCGCCCUCCGCCAUAAAUCUCCGACCGAACAUCCCACGGCAAAACCAAGAAUUGCAUGAUGCGCUUUCAGCACUUAGCAGCACUGCAGAGACUUGGGUCAAUAUAAGUCGACUGCAAUUGGCCCUGGUUGGGCUGGUGGUGAAGGAUGGGGUCACGAGGGUCGCGGUGCUAGGGUUGCAGAAUCAGGUCAGCGCACAGCGGUUGGCGCGGCUACUUCUUGCAGAUCCGUUGGGUGUGGAGGAGGAAUGGGAGAAGGAUUUGGAGAGCGCGGGGAAUGGCAGCGAAAGGGCUGUACUGUUGAAGUAUGGAGAAGAUGCAGACGCGCAUACACCUACCCCGCUCUACAAAGUUCUCUCCGUACCGUCGCGAGUUUUGCGCACGCACAAUCUGGAAAUUCUUGUUUCGACACUCAAUGUCCAUGGUGCGAGUAAUGCCACUGCUGCAUCGACAGAGAGCUCUGUAGAGUCGAUACUGGUUCCUAAACUGCAAGCUACUUCGGCACGAGGAAACCCAGUUCCGUACCCGGUACACAAGACUUUGAUUCUUGGCGAAGGUCUGGACAGCGCAAUUGCAUUCGGCCGCUUCUCAGCAGACAGCGCCAAAGAGCUGGAUGGCAUGGUCAAACUCGCCAUCAACCUUCCAGCGCCAGCAGAAGAUGCUGUACCCGAUGUACAAACGACCAGUGCAGCAGUCAAUAUUGAAACGGGCGCAAAAGCAAUUGCCACCUUCCGUGACUCGAUACAGAAUUCAAUUGCGUACGAACAUGGCUGGUUCCGCUCUGGUCUCCCUGUUCUCUCAAACUGGCUCGUACAAGAUUUGCAAACAUCUUCUACCAUCAAGCCAACCAUGAAGGCCCUUAUUUCCUCUCUCGUUGCUGAUGUCGAGGCGAAGCUUGCAAAAGAGGACCUCGCUCUUCAACAGCGCCGUGCUUCGACCCCUACACAAACCGCUAUCACAGCCUCGAUACUCAGUCAUCUUGACUCUUGGGCCGAGCAGUCACAUACUGAGCUCCGUGACCAACUAGACGAGGCAUUUUCUUCGCCCAACUGGCAUAAACUCGCGUGGUGGAAGCUGCUCUGGCGGGUUGAUGAUGUAACGAUGCUGAGCACGGAGAUCCUCGAGCGUCGAUGGUUAGUAUCAGCCGAGAAAAAUAGCAUCUACCUCGCUGGACGAAUGGAGCAAGCAGGCUUCCCAGAUGACACUCGCCACCUACCUAUAGUCGACACGGAAACCCCCCAGGUACCAAAGUCAGACACAGCACCAGCCCAAGGCACCGCCGACAACCACAUGCCCAUAUCCACCCAACUCCACAACCCCAAACCCUGGCCCCAACACAUUUCCACCGCCCGCACCGAACUCAUCAACGACGCCGUUCCCCCGCUCCAAGCCCUAGCCCAGCGUCUCCUCCUGCAAACAUUCAGCACUACCGCCAUCUCCUCCGCCCUCACCGCCCUCCUAUACAUCGGCGUAGACUCCUUUUCCCUCUUCGAAGCCGGCGCCGUGGCCGCACUUGGAUUCACGUUUUCUCUGCGCCGCAUGCAGAAACUCUGGGAGGGGGCGCGGAAGAGCUGGCAGGGUACUGUGAGGGAGGAGGGUAGGCGCACGCUGAAGCGGACGGAGGAGCUCGUGAGGUUUAUUAUACAAAGAGCGGAAGUGAGGGGUGGGGCUGCGGGGAGUGUUAGUGAUGAUGGGGUUGAGGAGAGGGAGCGCGCGAGGGAGGCGGUGGGCAAGGUUCGGGAGGCGCUUGCGAGGUUUGAGGAUGGGGGGAAGGAUGCCGACGGAAGUGUAUGA